AUGGCUCUUACUGCUGAAGAGCCGAUGUUCUCGACGUCGCAAUUUUUCUCUGAUCGAACGCCAACAGUUCAUCCAAGAAACUUGAUCACGAAUUCAGCCAAUGUAGCAAAUCUGCUUAAAAGUUUAGAUGACGAUAAACUGUAUGCUUUUUUCAAUGUCGAAGAAACAGUGAGAUGGAUUCGGGAUAAUGGCUACAAAAGAGUAGCUCUUCAGUUAUCCGAUCAGCUACUGGGGAGAGCAGCACGCGUCGCUAGAGCAAUUGAGUCAAAAGCAAAUGUGAAGGUGUUCAUUUUGGCUGAUACAUCUUGCUGCGUUGACGAAGUGGCUGCAGCACAUGCUUCGUGCGAUGCUAUUGCCCAUUAUGGUGAUGCUUGCUUAAGUGCGCUUGCUGAAAAUAUACCUGUCAGGUUCUUCUUCGGCAAUCUUCCGGUAGAUCUUGUAAUAUUCCGAGAGCAUGUUCGAAAUUAUCUAACAACGAAUGCUUCUACUUCACUUCUCCUUCUCACAGAUGUGCUGUAUUCGGAAAAAAUAGAUGAGCUUGAGAAUUGUAUCCGACAAGAGAUUCCGAAGGAAAAACAGCUUUUUCGGGCUGAUGUUGUGGAUCCUACUCAGCAUGGCGUUCCAGCGAUGCACAGCAGUAAGGUAUCCUCUCUCGGUCGAGUGGUACCGCAGGGAUUUUGUGAGACUGCCGCAGCCCAAGUGUGCUUCGUUGGUGAUCCUACCAGCGCUUUAAUCCCGCUUUGGCUUAUGACUUAUCCCCAGUGUUCUUCAAUAGUGUGCUUCGAUCCACAAACUGCAGCAACAGCAGAGCAUGAGUAG